GAAGUCCGGAGAGGGGGCGGGGAGAGCGCGGCCCCUCGCCCGCCCUUGAUCCCCAGGCCGCCGGCCCUUUGAGCACAGUCGGCCGUUCGGGCCGCUGCGGGGACCGGCAGGUGACAUGCUGCGGCGGCUGGCGUCCCGCUGCGCCCGGAGCCUGGGGGUCCGCGGGGGCGCGCGUCCUGCCGCGGGGCUCCGCCACCUGGGCCGCAGCCCCCGCCGCCGGGCCUCCGAUGCUCCCCGGAACCAGCCCCCCAGCUCCGAGGUCGUGGCCCGGCCGGUGGGCGUCUGCUCUAUGAUGCGGCUGCCGCUGCAGGCCUCCCCCCAGGGGCUGGACGCCGCCUUCGUCGGGGUGCCCCUGGACAUUGGGACCUCCAACAGGCCCGGGGCGAGAUUUGGACCCCGGCGGAUCAGGGAAGAAUCCGUGAUGCUUCGGACAACCAACCCUAGCACGGGGGCCCUCCCCUUCCAGUCCCUCUCGGUUGCAGAUCUAGGUGAUGUGAAUGUCAAUCUUUACAACCUUCAGGACAGCUGCCGUCUAAUUCGAGAGGCCUAUCAGAAAAUCGUAGCAGCCGGCUGUAUUCCUCUGACCUUGGGUGGAGAUCACACAAUCACAUAUCCUAUAUUGCAAGCGAUGGCCAAAAAGCAUGGCCCCGUGGGGCUGCUGCACGUGGAUGCCCACACGGACACGGCUGACAAGGCCCUAGGAGAGAAGGUCUAUCACGGGACGCCCUUCCGCCGGUGCGUGGACGAGGGACUCCUGGACUGUAAGCGUGUGGUCCAGAUCGGCAUCCGGGGCUCUGCCAUGACCCUGGAUCCCUACAGAUACAGCUGGAGCCAGGGCUUCCGGCUGGUCCUGGCUGAAGACUGCUGGAUGAAGUCCCUGGUUCCUCUGAUGGGGGAAGUGAGGCAGCAGAUGGGAGGCAAACCCAUGUACAUCAGCUUUGACAUUGACGGCUUGGAUCCCGCCUAUGCCCCGGGGACAGGGACGCCCGAAAUUGCUGGUCUCACCCCUAGUCAGGCACUGGAAAUCAUCCGGGGUUGUCAAGGCCUGAACGUGGUGGGCUGUGAUCUUGUGGAAGUGUCACCGCCUUAUGAUCCUUCUGGAAACACGGCCCUCCUGGCGGCUAACCUGCUGUUUGAGAUGCUGUGUGUGCUCCCCAAAGUGACAGUCGUCUGAACCUCGUGCUCUUCCUGAUAAAUCAGCAGCUUGUGUCGAUGACAGAUUCUCAGGAAUUUAUGUGCAAGAGGCCUGAGUACUCAAGUUUAUGCCAGUAAAACCUUCUGCUAGAGUGUCACUGGAGGCUGUAAAAUCAGGGCAUUCAGUAGAAGUCUGAUCCAACAGCUAAUAUUUCUAAGGAGUCUGAAUUAAAGAGAAGCACGUGUGUUGUUACAAGGGACAGAGCAUUUAGUUUAGGAUUAUCUAAAAACUGGAGAA